AUGAAAGUCCUCAAUAAUAACCAUGUCCGAGUCGUACUGCUCGUGUGGAUCGUGAUGAUGAUGAUGACGAUACUCAUGUCAAUGACUCUCACUGCCACCCGAACUCCACAAGAAUGGAAAACUCGAUCCAUCUAUCAGAUCAUCACCGAUCGUUUCAGUCCCACCAAUUCCAAUCCUAAUCAAUCAUGUCUUUUAUAUACCUAUUGUGGAGGCACUUUUACUGGAAUUAUCAAUCAUUUACAAUAUAUUAAAAAUUUAGGAUUUAAUGCCAUAUGGAUCAGUCCAAUCGUGAUGAAUUUACCAAAUGGUUAUCAUGGAUAUUGGAUGAAGGAUUUAUUUAAAUUAAAUCCACAUUUUGGAACAGAGAGUGAUUUGUUGAAAUUGGUCAAGACAGCUCAAUCGAUGGAUAUUUGGGUGAUGGUCGAUGUUGUGUUUAAUCAUGCGGGACCUGUUGGUUUUGAUUUUGCAGAAAUUUCACCCUUCAAUCAAUCUUCACAUUAUCAUGCAUUUUGUGAAAUUUCAGAUUGGACCAAUCAAACACAAGUUGAAAUUUGUCGACUUGCUGAUUUACCUGAUUUGGAUCAAAGUAAUCCAUUUGUUUUUAACACUUUAAAUUCAUGGAUUUCUAAUUAUAUUAUCGAUUAUUUUGGUUUUGAUGGUAUUAGAAUAGACACUGUCGCAGAAGUUCCCAAAUCCUUUUGGUCCAACUUGAAACAAAAUAUUCUCAUUCCUAAAAAUGGAAAUAUUUUUGCCAUUGGUGAAGUUUUUAAUGGAGAUUUAAACUAUGUCGCUCCAUAUGCCAAUAUUUUAGGAAGUACUCUUCAUUAUCCUCUCUAUUUCACACUACGAAAUAUUUUCGCUCAAUCUGGAUCCAUGUACCAAAUUAGGAAUAUCAUGCAACAAGCAAGAUCAUUGGUGAAAGACACCUCCGUGUUGGGAAUAUUCAUUGAUAAUCAUGACAAUCCAAGAUUUUUAAAUUUCAACUCGGAUUACAAAUUGUAUCAAAAUGCAUUGACCUAUGUCUUAAUGUCAGAAGGAAUUCCAAUUUUCUAUUAUGGAUCCGAACAAGGAUUUUCUGGUGGUGCAGAUCCUCAAAAUAGAGAACCUUUAUGGACCACAAAUUUCAAUGAGAAUUCCUAUCUGUAUCUAUUCGUUCAGAAAAUUACCAAUUUUAGAAAUUCACACAUUCAAGAAUUGAUUCAAAAUCCAUUACAAGUCGAAAGAUAUGCUGCCAAUAAUUUUUAUGCAUUCACGAGAGGUCAGAUUUUUGUGGCAACGACCAAUGUGGGUUCCAAUUACAAUCAAUUGCAAUUUACCAUUACGUAUCAUCCGUAUCAGAAUGGACAGGUGUUAUGUGAUGUGUUUUGGCCACAAGAUUGUAUUACGGUUGUGAAUGGACAAUUCACAAUUACCUUAUUGAAUGGAGAAUCAAAGAUUUUUUAUCCACAACAUUAA